CACGCGGAAACCCAAAAGAAAAGAGCGGCACCGCGAGCCGAGAAGACGCAAAGCCAUAAAACCGCCACAGCUGGAGGAAGCGGCGUCAGCCGUCAGGGAGACGCACGACGCGCGCACGCUGAGAAAGGGAGAAGUACUUGGGAGAGAGGGAAAUCGAGGGACACCCCCAAGUGGCUUGAUCUCAGCAGGGAUGGAGGCGGCGCUAGUGGAGCGGCUUGAGGCGGCGGUGGCGCGGCUGGAGGCCGCCGUGGCCUCCGGCGCCUCGCUCGCGUCGGCGGCGCCGCGCGACGUCGACGUCCCGGCGGCCGCGGAUCCGGCCAUCGUGGCCUACGAGGAGUUCGUCGGGGAGGCAGUCGGGCGGCUCACGGCCGCGGCAGAGAAGAUCGGCGGGAAGGUGCUCGACGCCACCAAGCUGCUCGCCGAGGCCUUCGCCGUCGCCAAGGACCUGCUCGUCCAGGCCAAGCAGCUCCAGAAACCAGCAUCAAUGGCUGAUGCACAGGACUUCUUUAAGCCCCUAAGUGAUGUUAUCGCCAAAGCAACUGCAAUGACUGAAGGAAGGAGGCCCGACUAUUUCAACCAUUUAAAAAGUGUUGCUGACAGUCUCCCUGCUUUGGCUUGGGUUGCAUUCUUAGGGAAGGAUUGUGGCAUGAGUUUCCCAACAGCACAUGUAGAGGAAAGCUGGCAGAUGGCUGAGUUCUAUAAUAAUAAGGUUCUUGUGGAGUACAGAAACAAAGACCCUGAUCAUGUUGAGUGGGCUAAAGCACUGAAGGAUCUAUACAUGCCUGGUUUGCGGGAUUUUGUUAAGAAGCAUUACCCUCUUGGUCCUGUCUGGGGUCCUGCUGGAGGUGCCGCUGCUUCCCAACCAAAGGCUGUUGCUCCUACACCUAAAGCACCAGAAGCUAAGGCUCCCCCUCCACCGGCUCCUCCUUCAGCGCCUCUUUUUACCACAGAGAAGUCUCCAAAAUCUUCACAGCCUAAGAAAGGGAUGUCCGCUGUCUUUCAAGAGAUUAGUUCGAAACCUGUGACUGCAGGUUUGCGAAAGGUUACUGAUGACAUGAAAACUAAAAACCGUGCUGAUAGAAGUGGUGUUGUCAGCAGCACGGCUGCUGCUCCUGCAGCUCCUGAGAAGACCUCUCGUGCAGGGUCUUUCUCCUUCAAGUCUGGACCCCCAAAGCUGGAACUUCAGAUGGGACGCAAAUGGGUGGUUGAGAAUCAGGUUGGUAAGAAGACCCUUGCUAUUGAUGAUUGUGAUUCCAGACAAUCCAUCUAUGUUUACGGAUGCAAGGAUUCCGUCCUUCAAGUAAAUGGCAAGGUUAACAAUAUCACUGUUGACAAAUGCACUAAAUUUGGAAUUGUUUUCAAGGAUGUUGUAGCAGCUUUUGAGGUUGUCAACUGCAAUGGUGUUGAGGUCCAAUGUCAGGGUACAGCACCGACAAUAUCAAUCGACAACACAUCUGGAUGUCAGUUAUACUUGAGCAAAGAUUCGCUGGGAGCUUCAAUUACUUCUGCUAAAUCUAGUGAAAUCAAUGUGAUGGUUCCUAGUGGUGCCACUGACGGUGAUUGGGUGGAGCAUGCUUUGCCUCAGCAGUACAUCCAUAGUUUCAAGGAUGGGCAAUUUGUCACGUCACCAGUUUCGCACUCUGGAGCGUAAAUACAAUGAUUAUUACUGCUACUGUGUGUAUGUUUGUUUGACCGGCCUUACCUUGUUUGAAGAUGAUGGUAUGCUGAGAUCUGUAGCAGUUUUUGGGUCUGUUGCAGCACUGUACCGGGGCUGCGAGUGUUAUUUUUGUUGUCGGCUCAGUGCGCGGUGUAUGUUUUGUUUACACACUGGUUCGGUGGUUUCGUUUGAUUGGUUUUUUAUAUGCCAGCACACUCCUUGGUGUAUGUCUUUAGCUGAUCAUUCUUUGACACUGGAUCUCAUUAUAUUUCAAUUGAUGUGGACGGUUGCUCUG